AGAACCAACAACGACACGCAGUUGAUAAAAUUGACUGAAGAUGAAAAGUCAUAAUAGUGUUUCGAUCGCGGUAAUAUUUUUGGCGCUUAGUGCGACCGCGAUGGGCAUUUUAUAUGACAUGUCGGCAGGAAUCCCCGCAGGUAUCGAAACCAGAUGUCAAAUAAAUAACAACCCUGGAGUGUGGACGACCGACGUCGCUUCCAAAUAUGAGACACAGGAAAGUGGUCCGCUGAAUGGACAAGUAAUUGUAUCCCAGCCCAAAACGUCUUCUUGCAUGGGAAUGUCGACGGCCAUUGAAAUGGAUAUCAACUUUGUCAUCAAAAUGAGAUUGCUAAUUGUUCCUCAAGCCAAUUUCAAUCCCAACGCGAAUUUUAAAUUUUUCGUCUACUUGGUACCAGAGAAAAAACAACAGCAGGCAAUACUGAUUAACUUUGACCAAUCCUCAAUUCGGCCUGGCUGGCAAGACGUGCAAAUCCCAAUGCCCAGCAGAGCUAAUUUUCCUGGAAACUACGAGGUCAAAAUUGUGUCCCAGAAUACAAUGGUAGAAUACAUGGCGAUUAGGUGGUUCAGUGUUUCUGACGGAAAAACUCCAUCAACUACUGCACUACCACCAAGCACCACCACUUCAGCACCUUCGACUACAACAUCUCCAAUAACAACUCGUCGCACAACUACCUCGCCUUUGGCUUCUUCGCCUACGACUAAAACUACACCAACUGCUCCCGCAAUAGCUGCAACUUCUACUGCCGCUCCUGCGAUUGAAAUCACGACAACUAUCGGUCCUCCAUCUACAACUCUUUUAACUACCACCGAAGCUCCAUUCACUAGCACUACACCAAAACCGCCAGGAAGGGGGUGCAGGGCGUCUACGGUUCCAAGGAGGCCAAGAGCCCGUCUUACGACUUCAAACGGUCCAUAAAAUAAAUGGAUAACUCUUGUAUUAUUAUCAAAAGUUUUUAUGCUUAGAACUCUGCUUAUUUGGAAAAUAAUUGCCUUUAGGGUCAAUUAAUUAUUUAAAAAAAAAUUAAAUAUACUUACUUGAUUGCUUAGUAAUUGUUCUUGCAUCAACCAACAUAAAUCAUUUUAUGAUUGGAAAAACAUUAAAAACUUAUGUAUAAUAGAACUUACAAGCCUUGUUUUAUAGCCAAAUCCACGCGCUUCUUUAUAUGCUGCCAAUUCUUCACAUUUUGUUCUUGUUUUUUCUCCAUUUAUUAUUAUUGUCUUUACUGAACGCAAAUGUGUAAAACGUUAUGUAUUGCUGGUUGAAAUCAAUAAUAGAACUAAAUUUGAGUAUAAUAACAUUUUAGUUUUAUCUUUAUCUAGUGUAGCAUAUUCGGUUACAGAUUUUACUCUUUUAGAACAAUUAAGGAGGUGGUACUGGGAAAUCUCUUUUUCUUCACAACUCGGUUUUUUAUGAUCAAACAAAAAUUAUAGUGAAAAUUGAAACCGGGCAAACACGUUUCAAAGGUAAAAUGAAAAAAUAAAAGGAUAACUGACCCCAAAAUGGUUUUCUCUUGUCAAACUAAAAGUAAGAGAGGAAUUUAUAC